AUGACCAAGGUAUCGCACGAGCCGAUGGAGCUCCAGAGGAUGGGGACGAGGCUCGUCAUCUCCACGGCGGCCAUGAUCAUGUCCGGCGUGGUGGAGCAGCAGAGGCUGAUGCGUGCCACGGGAGGUGUCGGCGUCGACACAUCCAGCACUCUCAACAUCCUCCGGCUGAUCCCGCAGUACCUGCUGAUCAGAGCGUCCGAGAUGUUCAUGUACAUCACCAUGACAGAGUUCUUCAAUGACCAGCUCCUGGAAGGCCUGAGGAGCCUCGGCAGCGCCAUGAGCGUUGCCUCCAUGUCGGCUGGGACUGGGAGCUUUGCAAGCAGCCUUCUUGUUACUGUGGUGAUGACCAUCACCUGUAGAGGUGGCCGGCUUGGGUGGAUACCUCAGGAUCUCAACAAGGGUACAAGGGUCAUGUGGACUGGUUCUUCUACCUCAAUGCAGCGCUUAAUGCUGUGGAUUUCUUUGUCGUUUGUGGUGUUUGCCGAGAGGUAUAGGCCGGCUCCGGUGAUCAUACAUGGACUUGGCGUUCGUGCUGCUGGGGGUGAGUUGAAAAAAAAUGAAUAA